AUAAAAGGUUUUUGGAAAGAAUCUUAUUUGGUCCUUUUUGGAGGCUUGAUAACCCUUUGUUACGCAUGUGUAAGAUCAAGCAUCUUGGACAUUUUGUGAUAAUACUAUUCUUGUUUUAUUUCUAUAUGACAACUUUUAAAGAAGAGAGGCAUCCUGUUUGCUGUCACUAAGUGUUUUGUACUCCAAAUGAUUAUUUUUUUAGAAAAUUGUUUGUGAAUGUUAUCUGGAUGAAGGAUACUGCUUGCACACGUCCCUUUUCUUGGGGUUUGGAUACUUUGAUUUUCAAAAAGUCAGGCACAAACCUGAAAAGUCAAGAACCAGUCUGAUUCUUCUACAGCAGUUGACCCUUGACCUCAGAAGAUGGAUAACGCUACAUACAGCUACGUGAACGACUGCACUCCGCUCACUAACUGUAAGUCCGGCCGUAAGGCGGGUGGCUCGACGGUGGUCAACAUGAGCCAAGCAGGCAAGAAGCCACCAAGCGACUAUCUGGUCUGGUCCCUCUGUAACACUCUCUAUGUCAACUUCUGCUGCCUGGGAUUCAUGGCUCUCAUCUAUUCCAUCAAGGCCCGAGAUCAGAAAACCAUCGGCGACAUGCGGGCAGCGCAGGAAUGCUCAGACAAGGCAAAGUGGUACAACAUCUUGGCAUCGGGGUGGAAUCUCCUGAUUCCUCUGUUGUUUCUGGGUCUGCUGGUUCUGCUCAUCGUUCAUCUGGGGAGCUCGCAGGGAACAUUUGAUUUCUUUGGUGAAGAUGGAUUCCAGAGCUUCAUGAAGCUGUUCAGCAGGUAGAAGAACAACACCUGGAAUCGCAUCACGUGAACUCAACUCCCGGGACUUUAUACUCUUACACCACUCUGGCAAUGUUUUCUUGGGCUAUGUCAUGAAGUAUUAUUAUUUAGAUUUUUUCAUUAUAAUGUCUAUGUACUGUAUACUGUAUACUUAUAAGUAUAUCUGCCUCACAAUUCUAUUUUAUGCUUUAAAUUGGCUUAACAGUAUUUAAUAAAAUAUUUAAUGUCCUCCA